CGGAUUCUCCAGAUAUUGCGGUAUCAACGACCUCGAGACACGAUCAAGUGGGCGAAUCCGAAGGCUACGGGUCAAUGGACGGGAAUCACACGAGUCCGCGGGGGCCUGCCUCCGAUAGCCAGGAAGCCGGGUGUUCAUUCCUGUGUUGCCGCGAUCAGUGUCGGGGAUGCCUUGAUCCAAGACCGCGGCAAAUUUACGGCCCGGACAACGGAUGUGGUUUCAUUGCAUUCGCCAGUCUCGCCCUUCUCUGCGUGGAGACUGUCAUGUCUCUGUUGCUACAGUCAAGAGACAUGCGGAGGAAGUUGUUUACACCCCUCUACGUCAUUAGCACCGCCAAAAUGUCUCUCAUGCUAAUCACGUCCGUCUUCCUAGCAGAGAUUAGCCGCAGGAAGCUUCAGACCGAUCCGAAAGUUAAGCAGACUCUGUCGGUCGGAUCAAUCGUUCUCAUCAUAUCGGCUUUCAUCAUAUUCUUAUAUCGAGUUAUUGAAGGGGUCGCUGCGCUCGACCUUUUGAUACUGGCACCGAAUUCAACUAAAAUGGACGCACGUUUCAUUGCCGAUCAUGAGUUCACCCUCGAGGUACAAAAUAUCCUCGAUUUCUUCAAUGCAUUACUCUACAUUGCGCAAGCCGCCAUUCAGACAAACCUCGUUUUGAGAAUCCACUGGAUUAUGAAACGGAACUGGCCCGAUGACGUCAUUGCCUCCUCGACCGCAAUGCAGUUUACCACAUUCCUGAUGGCCGCGAACUUCUCCCAGUGGCUCCUCGGGACUGUGGUGGAGAUGAAGUACCCCAAGGUCAACUUCUCGCAAGUGCUGUACUAUGACGAUGCGACCUGGAAGGUAGUAGUCUACGUGUUGUAUCCGUUCGUCAUUUACUAUCGAUUCCACUGCACCAUGUCAUUGGCAAAGCUCAUGCUGUGGAGACGGGAAGUCAAGAACGCUGGGCAGCUGGGCACGCGGAGAGAGGACUUCCUCGCAACAUUUGCUUAUUAUUAAAUAUACGACAUUAUAGUAUGUUUUCUGUGCGCUGGCCUCAAGAUUCAACUGCGCCAUGUCCCUUCUGAGAAUAUUUCUGAAGGCGGGACGUCUAGGACACUGGGCGGUAGGCCAGGGUACUCGGAGAGAGGACAAGGGCACUAACGGGACAUUUGUUUAUCACGGCACUGUAAUCUUUAUUCUACAACCUGGUGUCACGGUCCCACCACGUCCACUGUACCAUGUCCCUGGCUGAUUACCUGCUAGGAGGGAGGAAUAUUAAGAAUGCCGCCCAUGGUGGCAGAGUACACGAAGAGAGGAGAUGGUCGGACCGGCAAGUCUGUUGGGGACAAACUUGGAUCAACCUUAGUGUCAAAAACACGGACAAAGAGGAA